AUGGCAGGCGCAACCGUCCUAGUCCUCUACCCACAAACCCCAACCUCCACCUUCAACGCCGACUACUACCUCUCGACGCACAUGCCCCUGGCCGCAAAACACUGGACCAAGCACGGCCUCAAGAGCUGGAGCGUCUCCAAGCUCAAUCCCGACGGGCCUUACGCGUACUCGUCGGUGCUCGAGUGGGAGAGCUACGAGGGCUUCCAGGCGGCGAUAAAGGAUGCAGGCACUAAAGAAAUCAUGGAGGAUGUACCGAAUUUUAGUAGUGAGAAGGCGGUUUUGGUGCAUGGAAAUGUUAUUGCGUCGGGUUAG